AAACAAUCGAAUUAAACAUUGAAUUAAUAACUGUUUUUAUAUUAAUCAAUCCCCAUUGAUAUGUCCUUACAAAAAUUAACAGCCGAAUUAUAUCAAUCUUUUGAUUCUAAAAACUAUACACAAUGUCAAAAGAUUCUUCCUCCAAUUAAAAUAGAAUUAAUCAAACAUAACUUAUUGGUACCACUUUCAUCCAAUACCCAUACUGGAGAUCUGCUUAAUGAUUUAAAGAUUGCUCAAAAAAUCUUUGAAAUAGGUGCCUUGUCAUCAUUAUUAUCCAAUGAUUAUCGUUCAUUUGAGAAUUAUUUUGCUCAAUUAAGACCCUUCUAUGAUAACAUAUUAUUACAAUCUAAAACUACCGAAAUAAAUACUGAUAGAACCAAGAUUGUUUCACUUUAUCUCUUGUAUUUAUUAUCACAAGGGUCAAUCUCUAAGUUCCAUGUUGAAUUAGAAACCAUUUAUAACUCAAAUCAAUAUGAUGUUGAUAAGGAUAAAUACCUUCAAUUUCCAAUUAAUUUAGAAAGAAAUUUAAUGGAGGGAAAUUACAUUAAGAUUUGGAAAUUAUUAAAAGAAUCAGAUAAUAAAUUACCAUGUCAAGAAUAUACUCAUUUCAUUGAUACUUUGGUGACUGCUUUAAGAUUUGAAAUCUCCAGAUCUUUAGAAAGAACUUAUACAUCUUUACCAAUUAAUAAUUGCAAGAAUUUAUUAUAUUUCCCACAAGAACAAUCAGAUUCAGUAUUUGAAAAGAUUUUAAAAGAAGAAUUGGAAGUUGAAAACUGGGUUUUUAAGAAUGGUAAAAUUAUCUUUGAUAUUAAAGAUGAAGAAGAUUUGGAUGGUGGUAAUAAUACAACUAUCAUUAAUAAUGUAUUAAGUUAUGCAGAACAAAUUGAAUCUAUUGUUUAGGUAAAUAAAUGAAGGUAAGUAGAAGAAAUUUCAACAUAAUGUAGAGAUUGAAUGUAUACCUUAAUCAAAGAUUUACAUGAUCGAAAAAUACUCUACAAUCAAUUUCAUAGCAACUCCUUUAUAAAUAGACG